GGUGACGUCUAGCGCGGUGAGUUGUGGGAAGGUCGGUUGGACGCCGCACUCGGCGCUCAGCUGGCGAUCGGUUCGAACGUUUUGUUUCUGUUUACCUACCGAAUUGCAUUUGUAACGUAAGUUGCCGCACUUCUCGACAUUAGCCGACGAAGAUGUACUGAUCGGAAGGUUCCGUAUUAAGGCUUAGGCGGAAACAAGAGUGUCGAAAUGUUCGUCUGCGGGCAAAUACGGUGAACGCUACCGAAAAAUCGCUACCUUUUUAACUACAAAAAGUGUGGAAAUUCGUCGAAUAUUUCCCGUAGAAAAACACGAAAUCGUCCCGUAGGAGGGAUGUGAAGACGUAAAUGUACGGUAACGAAAUUCGUUUACUUUAAAUUACGCUGCGGAGUUUUUAUCGGAAGAAAGGAGGUGGACUUGACUCAAUUAAAAAAAGGCAUGGAAAUGAAGAGUGACGUCACACACCACGUGGCAAAAGCGCCUAAUCUGGGAAAGGCUGACGCCAUAGGCCACUUCGACUGUUCAGGAUGUCGAAAACCGAUUCGAGAACGUUACCUGUUGAAGGCUUUGGAUCAGUUCUGGCACGAAGACUGCUUGAAAUGUGCCUGUUGCGACUGCAGAUUGGGAGAAGUGGGUAGCACACUCUUCACCAAAGCCAAUCUCAUUCUCUGCAAAAGAGACUAUCUAAGGUUGUUCGGGACUACCGGUUUGUGUUCUGCUUGCAACAAAACCAUUCCUGCUUUCGAGAUGGUGAUGAGAGCUCGAGGAAAUGUCUAUCAUUUAGAGUGCUUUGCCUGUCAGCAAUGUAAUCACAGGUUCUGCGUAGGCGAUAGAUUCUACUUAUACGACAACAGUAUACUAUGUGAAUACGACUAUGAAGAGAGAAUUUUAUUCUCCCAUCCUCCCUACACAUACAACAGCCUAGAUCAUCUGCAAAGACAAAUGGACAAUCUGACUCCAAUGCAUCACGAUGAUGCAUCUAGCGGAUACGGCAGUCCCAGUUCAUUGCUCAGCGAAGGCAAGUAAGAGCUCCUAAUUUAAGGA